AUGGCCCCUGACCCACGGCUUGUCAAUGUCUCCCAAUUUAUACAAAAAACUCAUACAUCAGUACCUCACCAACUGAAUCCGUCCCAUACUACUUUGCCGCCUGGGUUUACGGUAUGCAUCAUUGGAGCAUCUGCCGGCAUCGGCGAGCAUAUUGCGUAUGCCUACGCAAAAGCCGGUGCAAGCAACAUCAUCAUUGCCUCUCGCACAUUGACUGAUCUCCAAACAGUGUCUGACAGGCUCAAACACAUCAACCCAACCUUGACUGUAGAUAUCCACGAGUGCGAAAUCUCUCUGGCCAAAUCCGUGGAAUCGUUGGCACAGUUCAUCUCCACGAAGCACGGCAGGCUCGAUGUCUUGAUUCCAAAUGCCGCAUAUGCUGGUCCCGUCACCACCAAGAUGGACCAGGGAAACCCCGAGUGGGUGCAGCAGGCUUUUGAUGUCAAUGCCAUGGGCACUUACCUGGCAGCGCACUAUUUUGUGCCGUUGCUUCUUCGUUCGCCAGGCGGGGCCAAGGCAUUUAUUGCUAUUGGGUCAUUUGCUGGGUGUAUCAGGCGUGGUAGCAUUGCAAAUACUGGAUACACGGUGAGCAAGAUGGCCCAAAUCCGACUGGUCGAGUAUCUCUACGAGCAGUAUUCCGAGGAAGGGUUGUUCGCAGUGGCCUGUCAUCCAGGAGCUGUUAGAACUAAGAUGGCUGAGGGCAAUACUCCGGAAGACUUUCUCCCAUACCUUGUUGAUGAUGUUGACUUGUGCGGCGCUGUCUGCGUCUGGCUGAGUGCUCGACUCGAUACCAUCCAAUGGUUGUCCGGCAGACUUAUAUCCGCCAAAUGGGACACGGAAGAACUCCUUUCCAGACAGCAAGAGAUUGUUUCCAAGGACCUGUUGAAGUUUUCUCUGGUGACAGAAUAA